CAGGCCAUGGCGUACCUCGGAACGACAUCAGCGGGACUUGAAUUCGCGCUGCGGGAUGAGCUGUCUGCCAGGCUGGCGGGGAGGGUGAGUGACGUCAGCACGGUGCACGGCGGGGUGAGGUUCAGCACGGAUGCAGCUGCUGAGGAGCUGCAGCAGCUGAGGGCAGUGGACAAUCUGUACGCGUUUGUAGCCACAAGGGAGGACGUGCCACAUGGCAAGGAGGCCAUCGAUUACCUCGCAGCACUGCCAGCUCAGAUAGAUUGGCAGCCGGCCCUCUUGCUCUUCCACCAAUGGCAGCACUGCAGGGAGGAUGGGAUGACGUCAUCAGCAGCAGGGAUCAGUCACGUGAUGACGUCAGCAGUGAAUGAGCAACAACCAUCGCCUGAUAGAAAGAGGCUGAGGCAGGAGGGAGAGGUUGUGACAGGAAAGAGCUUGACAGGAGUGGGUGUGACAGUAACGAAUGGAGCAGCAGAGUCCAAUGAUGCAGCAGCACUACCUGAAACAGCACCUGAGGGAGCAUCUGAGGGAGCACCUGAGCGAGGCAGAGGAGCGGCAGCAGCAGCAGGCAGCCAAGAGCUGAAUGGUCUACCAUUCCGGGUGACAUGCCACCGUGUGUGCAUGAAGCAGACCAAGCACGGGUUCACCUCCCCCGAGGCUGCAGGUGCAUUGGGAGAGGGGCUUCUUGGAAUCUUCCCUGCCUGGACAGUCAGCCUCAGACAGUUUGAGCUGGAGGUCCUGGCUUGGAUUCGGGACUCCCAUCUCACACUCCUCCUCGCACUCAUUUAUGCUGAUGCUCCCAAAGCGAGCAAGGAGGGCCUGGAGGAGCAGCAGACAGAGCAACCUAAGGAGGGCAGGAAGGAGGAACGCAAGGGUGAAGACAGACGGGAGGAGGGAGGGAGUGGCGAAUGCAAGAAGAAGGUCAAGCGCGGAAUAGGGGACAAGAUCGCAAUACAAGCAAGAUCGCACAAUUCAGAGAGACAGCUCUACUCCACACGCCCCUACCGCAGGGCCCUCGUUCCCACCUCUCUCAAACCCAGCACGGCUUUCGCGCUCCUGCAAUUGGCACACAUCCAAACAGGCCACAUUGUGCUUGACCCCAUGAGUGGCUGUGGGACUUUCCCCCUAGAAGCUGCUGAUUGGCUGCAAAGCCGAAUCAGUGCAUUUGGGGGAGAUAAAGACUUGUCAGCCGUUGAUGCUGCUGCAACCAAUAAUAUUGCCUUGAGAGAUGCGGCGGCCAGUCAGAGUGUCUCGAGAGCAGCGGGGGCGAAUGGGGAUGCAUCAGAAAGGAGCCACGUGGCAGGUUGUGAUUCGCUCGUGUGGGACGCCUCUGCCCUGCCCCUACGAACUGGCUGUGUGGAUCGGGUGCUCUGCGACAUGCCUUUUGGGGUCAGAUGCGGAAACUUCAAGAUGAGGGAGCGACUCUGUCCUGCGGUGAUUCGGCAGGUAGCCCGCGUACUGACCCCAAGCACUGGCGUGGCGGUGCUGAUGGCGGUGGGCAGGGGCGUGAGGAACGCUGUUGAGGGCUUGGCGUUGUGUCUGCGGGAGAAGCAGCGGAUGGCUGUGGAGAUGGAGGGCAUUCGAGUGGAUGUUUAUGUGUUGGAGCGAACUGCUGCUCCUGUUCCUAACUAGCAACGAAAUCGCACAGAAAUGUACAUCAUAAGCUGCUUCCGGUAGUGAUAAGAAAGCUUGGUUGGUGUGUAAGGGAGUGUCGGAGCGAACUGCUGUUCCUGUUCCUGACUAGCAAUAAACUUGCACAGAAAUGUACGGUAUGAGCUGCUUCAGGUCAUGAUGAUAUCAAAGCUUGGCGUGUAAGGGAGUGUGCCUACAACCUCGUCCCAGAUUUGUCCCUCACUCGUGAUUCUCAAGAAUGCGGAGCCCAAGUUCGUGUCGCACCACAUGGAGCCGUAUCGAACCAAUUCGAGUCAAAACUACAUUUCACUGUAGCGCGCGAGUCUGGGAAGGGG